CGGCAGCGGCAUGACGUCACAGCGUAUGGACCACAGGCGGCCUCCAGUCUCCGGGCUGAUUCCCUGCACCUGGAAGGACUGAAUUUGAACACAAUGCUGGAGACCAUUGAUACCCACCGUGCCUUGCAGGCAGUGGAACGUCUGCAUGCAAAGGUCCGGGAACGCGGGGACACGGCGAACGAAGAGAAGCUCUGUCUGCUCAAAUCUGUUCUACAAAGUCCUCUUUUCAACCAGAUUCUGAGUCUGCAGACCUCGAUUCAGCACAUGCGGGAGCAGGCAAAUGUGACUCCCUCGGUAUCUUCAGUAACAGAAUUUGCCCAGCUUUCUCCCUACGGGAACAGCUCUCUUACUGCACUGCAAAAUGAAUCCUAUGUUGUGGCCCAACAAAAUGGAAGCCAGCUCAACGGUGCGGAGAUGGCAACAAGGUCCACGGCUACUCAGAUCAAUGGCAAAGCUGACAGUGAGGAUUUUGAUCAGAUCAUCAAACAGAUGGCACAAGGUCGCCUGGUGGAAACACUGGAUUUAUUGAAACCUUCUAGUGGCAGUCUUGGCUUCAGUGUAGUCGGCCUGAAGAGUGAGAAUCGAGGGGAGCUUGGAAUAUUUGUGCAAGAGAUCCAAGAAGGAAGUGUUGCACACAGGGAUGGAAGGCUGAAGGAAGUAGACCAGAUUCUAGCGAUUAACAAUCAACCACUUGACCAAACCAUAACCCAUCAUCAGGCCAUAGGGAUUUUGCAGAGAGCAAAAGAUCAAGUACAGCUUGUGGUUGCUAGAGGACCUUUGCCUCAGCUAAUAAGCCCAGGAGUAUCACGUUCAACAUCUGAUGCCAGCACGCUGUCUGUCAUAUCCAGCCCUAUACACUGGCAGCAUGUGGAGACUGUUGAACUGGUGAAUGACGGGUCUGGUCUUGGCUUUGGAAUUGUUGGAGGAAGAUCAACUGGUGUAAUAGUUAAAACUAUUUUGCCUGGAGGUGUAGCUGAUAAGCAUGGCAGACUGCACAGUGGAGACCAUAUCUUAAAGAUCGGCGACACAGACCUUGCUGGUAUGAGCAGUGAACAAGUAGCACAGGUUUUAAGGCAAUGCGGGAACAGAGUGAAGCUUGUUAUUGCAAGAGGAUCAGCAGAGGAUCCUGCAGCAGGUGUUCCUACCAGCGUUCAGUUGUCUGCGCCGCAACCGCCUCUACCAGAAACAAAGGCGAAUGAAGGAGCAAUUAAGUAUCCAGAUGAUGAAACCUUUGAUGUGAAGCUUACUAAAAAUGCCCAGGGUUUGGGAAUAACAAUUGCUGGAUACGUUGGUGACAAAAGCUCAGAGCCUUCUGGAAUUUUUGUGAAAAGCAUUACCAAAGGCAGUGCUGUAGAGCAUGAUGGGAGGAUUCAUGUUGGAGACCAGAUUAUAGCUGUUGAUGGUACAAACCUUCAAGGGUACACCAACCAACAAGCUGUAGAAGUUCUACGUCACACAGGGCAAUCUGUUCAUCUAACUUUAAUCAGAAGAGGACAUAAGCAAGAGUUUGGGAUUCCGCCAGCCCCAGAGGCAUCCAGAAUCACAGAGAAGACGCUGGCAUCUGUAGAAGAUAGCAGAGAAAAGUCUCCUCUUACUCAAUCCUUACCAUCGGAAACAUGCCCCAGUGUGGUUCAAUCUACGGCAAAUGGGAAGAGCGCAGAACCAGAAGAAGAAAGUAUUAUCAGCUCAAUGGAUGAAGAGGAAGUCAAGAAGAAGUGGCAAAGAAUUAUGGGAGAUGAUUAUGAUAUUGUGGUAGCACAAGUGAAGAAGCUCAGCGAAAGUAGCGGAUUAGGCAUAAGCCUGGAAGCCUCAGGUGGUCAUCAUUUCUUAAGGUCUAUAUUGCCGGAAGGGCCAGUAGGACGCAACGGAAAACUGUACAGUGGGGACGAACUCUUGGAGGUUAAUGAAAUCUCACUGCUUGGUCAAACUCAUAAAGAUGUGGUAAAUAUCUUAAAGGAAUUGCCCAUCAGUGUGACUAUGGUAUGUUGUCGUCCAGCUCAGCCACUUGAUAGCCCUUAUGAGGGCGAAGACCAGUGUGUUUCUGAACAUGAUAUACAACUGAUUGAAAAGGAUGAGGACUUGUCUUUUACACCAUCGCCUAUGUCCUGGGACAUGCAAGAGCCUCUGUCAUUAAUUCACAGUCAUGAUGUUGGCUCACAGGCUCAUGUUGACUUUGGUGGAGCUGUUGGUUCCUCAGAGACAGAUGAUUUGAACAUGUCGGCGGUUGAGGAUAGUACUAGCACUGAGGAUGCUCAAGGCUCACCGAUGGCAAUGUGGGAGACUGAUGUUCAAAUCAUUGAACUUGAAAAGGGAAGCCUUGGGCUCGGCUUCAGCAUUUUGGAUUACCAAGAUCCUAUUGACCCAGCAAGUACUGUCAUAGUAAUCCGCUCUCUAGUUCCUGGGGGUGUUGCUGAGCAAGAUGGCGGACUUCUUCCUGGAGACCGUCUCAUGUUUGUCAACGACAUUAAUUUGGAACACGCUAGUCUCGAGGAAGCCGUUCAGGCACUGAAAGGGGCACCAGGAGGAACAGUUAACAUCGGGGUCGCAAAACCUUUACCUCUGUCCCCAGAAGAAGGGUAUGUUUCUCCUAAGGACGACUCUCUUUUCUACACGGCACAAUCAUAUGAUGAUGAAGGGCCCGCUGAUGCUCCGCUUUUCCAUGCUGAGCUAGCUCUGGUGGAGGCUACAGAAGCUGACCUGAUUAGUGAUUCCAUUAUGGAAUCCCAGCUUCCUCCAGAGGAAGACAGCUCAUUUCAAGCUUCUCUCAUAGCGCUGCAUGGGAGCGCCUGUAAUGUAGAUCUCACGGAUGAGCUAUCAUUCUCAACUCCACAGAAUGAGUCUGAAGAAGCAUUUGCAGAGGAUACGUUUCAUUCCAUAUCUGAUAUGGUCACAGAGAAACCAGAAUUCCGCGAACCAAUGCAGACGGCGGAGCUGUGGGCUACUUCUACACCUGUGUUGGAUUUUAAAAUGCCAACCAUAGAUUUCUACAAGCAGAACCUUGGGGAGACUGAGAAUGAAACACUGGAAAGUUGUAAAGGUGCUUCGUUGAAGCUUAAGGAAUCUUUGGACUUUGGAGUCUUUGAGAAGCAUAAUGAAAGUGCAGCUGCACCCUGGAUAAAUUCAAAGUCUGGUCCUAGUGAAACACCUGAUAUGUGCUCUACUUCUAAGGCUGAAGGAUACUCAUCUGGAAAUCUAUAUCUGGGAACAAGUGAAGAUUGUUCCACCAAGGCUCUAAUUAAAGAUACGUUUGAGAAAACCAUUACUGUAAACAGAGGCAACUGCAGUCUAGGUAUGACGGUUAGCGCCAGUAAAGAUGGCUUAGGGAUGAUUGUCCGCAGUGUUAUUAAUGGAGGAUCCAUUAGCCAUGAUGGUCGGAUAAAGGUGGGGGACUGCAUCUUGGCAAUCAAUAAUGAGUCCACCGCUAAUCUAACCAAUGCACAAGCACGGGCUAUGUUGAGAAGACACUCGUUACUUGGACCAGAUAUAAGAUCUUCUCCAGCACCUGCUGAUGAUCAGGCCCCCUUUUAUGUCAUUACAUAUGUUCCAAGUGAGCAUUUGGAAAAAUAUAGGACCUGCAUUGGUCAAAUGAAUGAAGUAAAUGAUUCCACUGCGCACGAUGUUGGAGAUUUUCCUGAAUUGCCUGAACGUGAAGAAGGCGAGGGGGAGGAAAGUGAAUUUGAGAAUGGAGUUUACAGCAAUUGGAACAAUCCAAGGAGAGUGGAGCUGUGGAGAGAGCCUGGCAAGUCUCUGGGGAUAAGCAUUGUGGGUGGAAGAGGAAUGGGAAGCCGCUUAAGCAAUGGUGAAGUGAUGAGAGGAAUCUUCAUUAAACAUAUUUUAGAAGACAGUCCAGCAGGGAGGAUUGGAACACUGAAAACUGGAGAUAGGAUUGUUGAGGUGGAUGGUACUGAUCUGAGAGAUGCAAGCCACGAGCAAGCAGUUGAAGCCAUAAGGAAAGCUGGCAAUCCAGUAGUCUUCUUGGUACAAAGUAUUAUUAACAGGCCAAGGCCUGAAUCUGUGUAUUGUUCUCCAUCUGCCUCUGCUUUCAGAGGGCACCCACCUACUAACCCAUUUACACAUCACACCUUUCAGACCAAACCCACAGCUCUGGCGCAGAGCACAUUUGGUACUAAACCUCUGUUCAGGUGCACUAACCCAUUUGCUGAUUCUUCCCAGUUCAGCACUAACAAGGACAUGAAUCCGGUUAGAAUUGCCUUUCGUUGUUCCCCAACUAACCCCUUUGCCCCUACGCCGUUUAAGGCGUCCAGUAAUUCUGAUUCAGACUCUGAAAAGACUUUGGUAUGCAAUCCUGUUUCUGCACCAUCGACGCUUUACCCAGCGAACUCUGAAGGUACUCAGAUGGCCUCCGGAGAACCAGAGCUAGAAGAUGAGUUUGGCUACAGCUGGAGAAAGAUCUCACAGCGAUAUGGAAACCUGCCAGGAGAGUUGCAUAUGAUAGAGUUGGAGAAAGGCAAGACUGGAUUGGGUCUGAGCCUUGCUGGAAACAAAGACCGAUCCAGAAUGAGCGUCUUCAUAGUGGGGAUUGAUCCAAAUGGAGCAGCUGGCAAAGAUGGCCGUUUGCAGAUUGCUGAUGAGCUAUUAGAGAUAAACGGGCAAAUACUGUAUGGAAGAAGUCAUCAGAAUGCUUCAUCGAUUAUUAAAUGUGCGCCAUCAAAAGUGAAAAUAAUUUUCCUAAGGAAUAAAGAUGCUGUAAGCCAAAUGGCUGUUUGCCCCGUGAAAAUGGCAGAACCGUGUUCUUCCAGCUCUUCAGUACUUCCAAGUCAGGAGGUAGAAGAAAGUGUUCCAAGUUGUGCGCCCCCGGUGAAUCUUGGUUCCUUUAAAAGUGUGGUGCAUGUUGAGUUACCCAAGGAUCAGGGUGGCUUGGGUAUUGCCAUAAGUGAAGAAGACACAAACAAUGGAGUGGUCAUUAAAAGUUUAACGGAUCAUGGUGCCGCUGCAAAGGAUGGACGCAUCAAAGUAGGAGAUUGUAUUUUGGCUGUGGAUGAUGAACCAGUAGUGGGUCACCCUAUUGAAAAGGUUAUUAGUCUUUUAAAGAAGGCAAAAACUGCAGUAAAGCUGACAAUAAGUUCAGUUGACCAGGAACCACAGCAGCAUCUACCUUCGCUUCCAACAGCUUCAACUUUCAACACGGCUGAGAAAAAGAAUAGUCCGCAGUGUCUGCCUCACGCUAGCUACUCGGAACCUGAGCAAGUUCGAAGUGCAAGCAGAUCGUCCACUCCAGCUACCUUUCCCUCUGACCCAGCUACCUGUCCAAUAAUACCAGGAUGUGAAACAACCAUUGAUAUAUCAAAAGGGCGAACGGGCCUAGGUCUUAGCAUUGUAGGAGGUGCAGACACUCUUCUGGGUGCCAUUAUUAUUCACGAGGUCUACGAAGAAGGUGCUGCUUCCAAAGAUGGUAGACUGUGGGCUGGAGACCAAAUCUUAGAGGUAAAUGGCAUCGAUUUGAGGAAUGCCACACACGAUGAAGCUAUAAAUGUCCUCAGACAGACCCCACAAAAAGUCAGACUUACUGUAUAUAGAGAUGAGGCUCAGUACAAAGAAGAAGACAUGUGCGAUACCUUUAGUGUGGAACUUCAGAAAAAGCCUGGAAAAGGUCUCGGUCUGAGCAUUGUUGGAAAAAGAAAUGACACAGGAGUAUUCGUAUCUGACAUUGUUAAAGGUGGCAUUGUGGAGACAGAUGGGAGGCUGAUGCAGGGAGACCAGAUUUUAACGGUGAAUGGAGAAGAUGUUAGGAACGCCACCCAGGAAGCUGUAGCUGCCCUGCUAAAGUGCUCUUUAGGUACGGUGAAGCUAGAGGUGGGGAGAUUAAAGGCUGGUCCAUUCCAUUCGGAGAGGAGAACUUCACAAGGCAGUCAAAUUAGUGAGGGGAACAGUAGUCUUACUUCCUUUAGUUUCCCAGCGUCUGGAUCAUCACAAACUGACCCCUUCGACAGCGGAUCAAAGAAACGUGAUUCUUCCGAAAUUCAAGGUCUAAGAACAGUGGAAAUCAAAAAGGGACCAUCAGACUCUCUGGGAGUCAGCAUUGCAGGGGGACUCGGGAGCCCUCUAGGAGAUGUACCAAUUUUUAUCGCUAUGAUGCAUGCAAAUGGAGUUGUGGCACAAACGCAAAAACUCAGGGUUGGUGACAGGAUUGUUAGUAUAUGCGGGACAUCAACCGAAGGAAUGAGUCAUUCGCAGGCUGUCAAUCUCCUGAAAAACGCCACAGGCACCAUCGAGCUUCAGGUCGUGGCUGGCGGGGACGUUAGUGUGGUAACUGGCCAGCAGCAAGAACAUAUAGGCUCUGCCGUCAACUUCUCAGGCCUUACUUCAAGCAGCAUAUUACAAGAUGAUUUGGGACCACCUCAGUACAAGACAAUUGUUCUUGAGAGAGGACCAGAUGGUCUCGGAUUCAGUAUUGUAGGGGGUUAUGGUAGCCCACAUGGAGACCUACCUAUUUAUGUAAAGACAGUGUUUGGCAAGGGCGCAGCAGCAGAUGAUGGCCGUUUGAACCGAGGAGAUCAGAUCAUUGCUGUGAAUGGACAGAGCUUAGAGGGUGUGACUCAUGAAGAAGCAGUUGCCAUUCUCAAGAGAACAAAAGGAACAGUCACCUUGACAGUUCUUUCAUGAUUUCCCAGACAAUUUCCUUUCUUCAGAGUUGACUCCGGUGUAUUUUUCCUGUAGGUUUAAAAAGAAGAGGAUGUAUAUUGAGUGUUAUCAGAGUUAUUCAGUAGCCUUUUAUCUGGCUUAAAGAAUAUCUUUAUCUAGCUGCUAUAUUCUAACCUGACUGAUGUACAUUAUAGAAAGAAUAACCAUUUUAAAAUUUUAACCAUUAUAGAUCUUUUUUUUUCUAGCUCAUAAUAUUGUUUUUGCGCCAAUAUAGUAAUGGUUUGCGUGUGAAAAGCCAUUUCCAUUUUUACAGGACCACAGUGUGUAAUG